UCCCACUGUUGCUCUGUUUCCCAGGCCUUUCUUUGAAGGAAUGUCCCAGUCCAGUUCCCAGACAGAAAUUGGAAGCCUGAACAGUAAAGGAAGCCUUGGCAAGGACGCCACCAGCCCGAUCGAAGCCUCCUCCGGGGACAAACUCAAACAGAAUCGGACCAAAAACAUGGAUGACAACAUCAACGAAACGGACAUCCUGGAAGGGAACGAGCAGGACGCUUACGGGGACCUAUCCAACACCUUAAUUAUCCCCGAAAAAGUCAAGACGCCGAUGAAAACGAACAAGGGGGAACUUCAAAGCAUGGCCUCACCUAGCAAAAUGGACAGCGCCGUGCACACCCCGCGUCAGAAACGCAGCACCCCGCUCAAGGAACGUCAACUUUCCAAGCCGCUGAGUGAAAGGACCAACAGCUCGGACAGCGAAAGGUCCCCGGAUUUAUGUCACAGUACGCAG